CAGCUUUGUCUCGCGGCCUCGCGCUCCUUCUUCGGCUCCCCCGGCGUCGUGGCCCAGCUGGGCCCGUCUGCAGGCGCCGCGCGGGGCCCGAGCGCCAUGGUGUGAGCGCCGCCCGCGCACGCCCCCCGCCCCCGCCCCCGCCCCCAGCCCCGGCCUCGCAGGCGGACACCGGCCGACCCUCUCCCGCCGCCCGCCCUGGGCGAACGGGAAAAUGGCGAACGACUCCCCGGCGAAAAGUCUGGUGGACAUCGACCUCUCUGCCCUGCGGGACCCGGCGGGGAUUUUCGAGCUGGUGGAAGUGGUUGGCAAUGGCACCUACGGACAAGUCUAUAAGGGUCGACAUGUUAAAACGGGUCAGCUGGCGGCCAUCAAAGUUAUGGAUGUUACUGAGGAUGAAGAGGAAGAAAUCAAACUGGAGAUAAAUAUGCUGAAGAAAUAUUCUCAUCAUAGAAAUAUCGCCACAUAUUACGGUGCUUUCAUUAAAAAGAGCCCCCCUGGACACGACGACCAGCUCUGGCUGGUGAUGGAGUUCUGUGGGGCGGGGUCCAUCACAGACCUGGUGAAGAAUACCAAGGGCAACACGCUCAAGGAGGACUGGAUCGCGUACAUCUCCAGAGAGAUCCUGAGGGGCCUGGCGCAUCUUCACAUCCAUCAUGUGAUUCACCGGGACAUCAAGGGCCAGAACGUGCUGCUGACCGAGAACGCAGAGGUGAAGCUCGUCGAUUUCGGAGUGAGCGCUCAGCUGGACAGGACUGUGGGGCGGAGAAACACGUUCAUAGGCACCCCCUACUGGAUGGCUCCUGAGGUCAUCGCCUGCGACGAGAACCCAGAUGCCACCUAUGACUACAGAAGCGACCUUUGGUCCUGUGGCAUCACGGCCAUCGAGAUGGCAGAAGGCGCUCCCCCUCUCUGUGACAUGCAUCCAAUGAGAGCACUGUUUCUCAUUCCCAGAAACCCUCCUCCCCGGCUGAAGUCAAAAAAAUGGUCCAAGAAGUUUUUUAGUUUUAUAGAAGGGUGCCUGGUGAAGAACUACAUGCAACGGCCCUCCACGGAGCAGCUUUUGAAACAUCCUUUCAUAAGGGACCAGCCAAAUGAGAGGCAAGUGAGAAUCCAGCUUAAGGACCAUAUAGACCGGACCAGGAAGAAGAGAGGAGAGAAAGAUGAAACGGAGUACGAGUACAGCGGCAGUGAGGAGGAAGAGGAGGAGGUGCCGGAGCAGGAAGGAGAGCCGAGCUCCAUUGUGAACGUGCCCGGGGAGUCCACGCUGCGUCGCGACUUCCUGCGGCUGCAGCAGGAGAACAAGGAGCGCUCGGAGGCUCUGCGGAGACAGCAGCUGCUUCAGGAGCAGCAGCUGCGGGAGCAGGAGGAGUACAAGAGGCAGCUGCUGGCCGAGAGGCAGAAGCGGAUUGAGCAGCAGAAGGAGCAGCGGCGGCGGCUGGAAGAGCAACAAAGGAGAGAGCGUGAGGCUAGAAGGCAGCAAGAACGUGAGCAGCGAAGGAGAGAACAAGAAGAGAAGAGGCGGCUGGAGGAACUGGAGAGAAGGCGGAAAGAGGACGAGGAGCGGAGGCGGGCCGAGGAAGAGAAGAGGAGAGUUGAAAGAGAGCAGGAGUAUAUCAGGCGGCAGCUAGAAGAGGAGCAGCGGCACCUGGAAAUGCUUCAGCAGCAGCUGCUCCAGGAGCAGGCCCUGUUACUGGAGUGCCGCUGGCGGGAGCUGGAGCAGCACCGGCAGGCAGAGAGGCUCCAGAGGCAGUUGCAACAAGAACAAGCAUAUCUCCUGUCUCUACAGCAUGACCACCGGAGGCCGCACCCACAGCCGCCGCCGCAGGAGAGGAGCAAGCCCAGCUACCACGCCCCGGAGCCCAGGCCCCACUACGAGCCCGCCGACCGAGCGCGAGAGGUGGAAGAGAGGUUUAGGAAAACUAACCACAGCUCCCCUGAAGCCCAGGCUAAGCAGACAGGCCGAGUGCUGGAGCCGCCCGUGCCUUCCAGAUCAGAGUCCUUUUCCAGUGGCAGCGCCGAGCCUGUGCACCCCGCCCUGCAGAGACCAGCUGAGCCCCAGGUACAGUGGUCCCACCUGGCAUCUCUCAAGAACAAUGUUUCCCCUGUCUCGAGAUCCCAUUCCUUCAGUGACCCUUCUCCUCCCAAAUUUGCACACCACCAUCUUCGCUCUCAGGACCCCUGUCCACCUUCCCGCAGUGAGGCGCUCAGUCAGAGCUCUGACUCUAAGGCGGAGGCGCCUGGCCCCGCCCAAAAGGCUUGGUCUAGAUCAGACAGUGACGAGGUGCCUCCACGGGUUCCUGUGAGAACAACGUCCCGUUCCCCUGUGCUGUCCCGUCGGGAUUCCCCGCUGCAGGGCAGUGGGCAGCAGAAUAGCCAAGCUGGGCAAAGAAACUCCACCAGCAGCAUCGAGCCCCGGCUGCUGUGGGAGAGAGUGGAAAAGCUGACGCCCAGGCCUGGCAGCGGAAGCUCUUCAGGAUCCAGCAACUCGGGAUCCCAGCCCGGCUCGCACCCUGGCUCUCAGAGCGGCUCUGGGGAGCGCUUCCGAGUGAGAUCAUCAUCCAAAUCUGAAGGCUCUCCGUCUCAGCGCCUUGAAAAUGCAGCAAAAAAACCUGAAGACAAAAGAGAAGUGUUCAGACCUCUGAAACCUGCGGACUUGACUGCACUGGCCAAAGAGCUGCGGGCGGUGGAGGACGUGCGGCCGCCGCACAAGGUGACAGACUACUCCUCGUCCAGCGAGGAGUCGGGGACGACGGACGAGGAAGACGACGACGCAGAGCAAGAAGGGGCCGGGGAACCCAUGUCCGGACCAGAGGACACCAGAGCAGCUAGGUCAUCUCUGAAUUUGAGCAAUGGGGAGACAGAAUCCGUGAGAACCAUGAUUGUCCAUGACGAUGUGGAGAGUGAGCCAGCCAUGACCCCGUCCAAGGAGGGCACGCUGAUUGUCCGCCAGAGUACAGUUGACCAAAAGCGAGCCAGCCAUCAUGAGAGCAAUGGCUUUGCCGGGCGCAUUCACCUCUUGCCAGAUCUCUUACAGCAAAGCCAUUCCUCCUCCACUUCCUCCACCUCCUCCUCCCCAUCUUCCAGCCAGCCGACACCCACCAUGUCCCCACAGACACCCCAGGACAAGCUCACUGCUAAUGAGACUCAGUCCGCUAGUAGCACACUCCAGAAACACAAAUCCUCCUCCUCCUUUACGCCUUUUAUAGACCCCAGAUUACUGCAGAUCUCUCCGUCUAGUGGCACCACAGUGACUUCCGUGGUGGGAUUUUCCUGUGAUGGAAUGAGACCGGAAGCCAUAAGGCAAGAUCCUACCCGGAAGGGCUCAGUGGUCAAUGUGAAUCCCACCAACACUAGGCCACAGAGCGACACCCCAGAGAUCCGCAAAUACAAGAAGAGGUUUAACUCGGAGAUCCUGUGUGCUGCCUUAUGGGGAGUGAAUUUGUUAGUGGGAACAGAAAGUGGCCUGAUGCUGCUGGACAGAAGUGGCCAAGGGAAGGUAUAUCCUCUGAUCAACCGAAGACGAUUUCAGCAAAUGGAUGUCCUCGAAGGCUUGAAUGUUUUGGUGACAAUAUCUGGCAAGAAGGACAAGCUGCGGGUCUACUAUCUGUCCUGGCUGCGGAACAAGAUCCUGCACAACGACCCGGAGGUGGAGAAGAAGCAGGGCUGGACCACCGUGGGCGACCUGGAAGGGUGUGUGCACUACAGAGUGGUAAAAUAUGAAAGAAUCAAAUUUCUCGUAAUUGCUUUGAAGAGUUCGGUGGAAGUUUAUGCGUGGGCACCCAAGCCAUACCACAAGUUCAUGGCCUUUAAGUCGUUCGCGGACCUGGCGCACCGGCCGCUGCUGGUGGACCUCACGGUGGAGGAGGGCCAGAGGCUGAAGGUGAUCUACGGGUCCUCCGCCGGCUUCCAUGCGGUGGACGUGGAUUCGGGAUCCGUCUAUGACAUUUAUCUGCCGACACACAUCCAGUGCAGCAUCAAGCCCCACGCCAUCAUCAUCCUGCCCAACACCGACGGCAUGGAGCUGCUGGUGUGCUACGAGGACGAGGGCGUCUACGUGAACACUUACGGCCGCAUCACCAAGGACGUGGUGCUGCAGUGGGGCGAGAUGCCCACCUCCGUCGCUUAUAUUCGAUCCAAUCAGACGAUGGGCUGGGGCGAGAAGGCCAUAGAGAUCCGGUCUGUGGAGACGGGCCACCUGGAUGGCGUGUUCAUGCACAAAAGGGCUCAGAGACUGAAAUUCCUGUGUGAGCGCAACGACAAGGUGUUCUUCGCGUCUGUGCGGUCGGGCGGCAGCAGCCAGGUCUACUUCAUGACGCUGGGCAGGACCUCCCUCCUGAGCUGGUAGAGCCGCGGCCCGACCGCUGCCGUCUUCAGACCCGAGGGCUCGGAAGUUGGGCCGGAGCGCCGCGUGCCCGGCAGCAGGACCCCGGCAGCAGGACCGUGCGCAGACCCCGCGGCUCUCCUCCUCCUUCCUGCUCUCCCUACCAGUUUGUCCCCAAUCUUUUUAAACGUUUUUUUCUUUAAAAAUAAAUCAGGCUGCAAUGCAGCUGGUGCUGUUCAGACUCUA